AUGCAGACCAUUAAGUGUGUAGUUGUCGGUGAUGGAGCCGUUGGGAAGACUUGCCUUCUUAUCAGUUACACCACCAACGCCUUCCCGGAGGAGUACAUCCCCACCGUCUUCGACAAUUACAGCGCCCAGAUGACGGUGGACGGGAGAACGGUCAGCCUGAACUUAUGGGACAACGGCUGGGCAGGAGGAGUACGACCGCCUCCGCACCCUGUCCUACCCCCAGACCAACGUCUUCAUCAUCUGCUUCUCCAUCGGCAGCCCGUCUUCCUACGCCAACGUCAGACACAAGUGGCACCCGGAGGUCUCCCACCACUGCCCCAACGUGCCCGUUCUACUCGUGGGCACCAAGCGGGAUCUCCGGAACGACGCAGAGACUAUAAAAAAGCUCAAAGAGGGCUCGUCGCUCGCCAAGCAGAUCGGGGCCGUCAAGUACCUGGAGUGCUCCGCCCUGCACCAGGAAGGGGUGAGGGAAGUGUUCGCCGAGGCCGUCCGAGCCGUUCUGAACCCCGUGACGAAGAAGGCCCCGAAGAGGUGCGUUCUGUUAUAGGGGGGGGAGCGAUCUCCGAAGAUCAUCGCGGGGGGGUUUUCAGCACAUCGUCUCGGGCGACGUCCCUUUUAUCCUCAGCUUGCACUAACGGCUCAUCAUGUGGGUUGUACGGAGUAGAUUCAUGGCGCUUCAUCGCUUUCCUGAGAUCGGACGCCAGAGACAAGGCCGCGGCGUGCCGCAAGACGUCCCCCUCAUUUGCUUCUGCCGGCCUUGCACUGUCACGGUUCAGAUUUCCUACGUACUGCUGCCACGGAUGGAAAACCUGCUUCUUUUUGGGGGGGGGGGGGGGGGGAGGGGAAAGAGUCUAA